CGCUAUAACAAUUGACAGUUUUAAGUUUGUUUAGAUUGUUUUAUAAGUGACUGUUGACAAAACUGUGUGGCUAUUAAUCUUUAAGUCGUGUUUUAAUUCGCAUUGUGUUUGUGUUGAAGUGUGUGCAUUGUGUACUUUUAGGUUUUGUGCGUGUUUUUGGAUAGUGUUUUCGGUUAUUGAGGAAGUAAACAGAUGAGCGAUGUCCAACAUCUGUCAGCGGUACAUCAGGCGGCACUGCGAGGAGAGAAACGGCGGGUCCUAUAUGAAGUUACUGAACACCCUGUCUACGGAUUUGGAGGAAAUGCUGACGGAGCUUUGUGACGACAAAAACUUAGCCAGAAAUGCGACGUUCCUCGAACCUCACCUGCAAGGCGUGAGAAGGCGGGACAGCAGCUCCGACUCCGAGCACGAUGAGCGCUCCACGGAAGACGACGAGCGGUCCCUCAUCAGGAGCUCGCCCCGCACGCGGCUGCCCCCUCCCCCACCCCCUCCGCCUGAUGACGAGCCUCCCCCGCUGAAGCCCAGGGAAUUCUUCGAGAGACUCCAAAGCCAAGCGAUGCGGGAGGCGCAGGAACGCAAGAGGAGGGAUCUACCGCUGAAAGAGAGCCAAGUGUUCCGGCCUGUUGAUGCUGAUGAUAGUCUUGGGGACAGCUUAAGUCAGAGCCGAGAGAGCCUCUCAUCCGAUGGCGAGGGUGUCCGCGGCGAUUGUUCAUCGGUGGACUCAUCUUCAGGCUCAGAAGAACAGCCUCCGUGCGACAUCGGCCUCUUGGAGCGACUGAUUAGAACGCACCCGGUCUGGUUCCUCCCGGGAAUCCAGAGGGCUGGGGCGUUCCAUCUUCUGCAGGGGAAAGAGGAAGGGAAUUUCGUGGUUCGGCAGUCGAGUCAGCCAGAUACGAUGGCGAUCAGUGUCCGGCUACCAGCGGACAAGGGGCCGUAUAUCGAACACUACCUGAUACAGGCCUCAGGGGGUCGAAUAGGCCUCGAGACUUCGCACAACAGAUUCGAUAACAUACCGGAGUUGAUUGCCCACUAUUCUCAGUGCUGCGAUGAACUACCAGUCCAGCUCCAACUGCCACGUCCCCUCCGCGAAGCGAAGAGCAGACACCAGCUCAGUUCCCUGGCCCUGCUGGGACAAGAGUUCUGGGGCUAUCCCAUGGCUAACCCGAAGAACAACCCGCUGAACCUGCUCUCACCCAGUCAGAAUGGCGUCGUGCCUAUGGCGGUCACACCGUCUGACACGGGAUCUAGUCUUAGCAGUUUUAAUGCAAGUAUAGGAACAAACUCAAGAGAACAGAUACUCAGUCCAGACAAAGAACAAAAUGUCGUGCUUAAGAUGUCAUCGCCGGAUGCCUCAGGUUCCCCUCCGAGUCAAAACCAGAACCUCAGCACGUUCAAGGGCAGACAAGCGCCCUCACCUCCAGCCAAACCCAAUGGAGCAUUCAUCCGUGCUCCCCGACCUACCCCACCUAAUACCUUAAGCCUCAUGUCUAGUACCGCUCAUAUAACACAACCUCAUACAUUCCCUACCACCAACACGCAACAUUCUCCCACUCAGUUAGGCAGUGCUAAAACAACCCCCCCACCGCCGCCUCCUCGAUGGGCCAAACCUCCUUUCCAAAAAUCCUUGUCACCCAAAAACGAGGUCUCAGCUUUCAACCCCAUUAACAAAGCUACAAACGGAAACAUAACAGUCACGACAACAGUCACGUUUAGCGUCAAUAACACUCAGAUCCACAAUCACCAAAUAAACGAAAGCAUUCGGAGUGACCGGCUACAACUAACGCUUGCGUCUAACGCUAUCAACAAUAACACGGCGGAUGUCUUCACCAUCAUGGACGAUCCAAAAGCCUAUGACCAAUGCAACGAACAGAAUUUGAUGCACCGCAUGUCGCCAGAGGGGGAGUGCAUCAGUACCAUGGCAGCUAAUUUGCACGGCAGUUUAAAACGACAAAUGAUUGAGCAGAACACUGAACCUGGAUCACCGUUAGAACCGCAAUCUCAUACGAACACUUCCGAUUCCGCCGACCCGAUGGGCAAUAGUCUGACUAAAUCUAACCACAGUUUUUCACCUAAUCAGUUAGUUUCACCUAAUGGUACCAAUUCAGUUACCAGUGGCAUUUUCUCUCCGACAAGUCAAAUAAAUUCCCCAGUAUCUAACGAUACUAUUUCUUCUAAAAGUGGUGUUUUUUCACCUUUAAGUCAAACAAAUAAAAGUGAGAUUUUCUCACCUGUGUCGAGAAGUUCGCCUUUAACGAAUAAACAUGUGUUUUCCCCAACGUCAAAUUUGUCUAUGAUCUCUCCUAUGAACGGAAAAGACAGAGAUAAAGUGUUGUCCCCAAACUCUAAUACCACGUCGACAACGCCGUCUGGUCGAUCCAGGAGGAGUAAGCACUCCCUGCGAAAGGAAUCCAGGCAUUAUCAGGAAUCUGAUAUCUUGGAAUCGCCAGGCGUAUAUUAUCGAAGUUCAUUGAUGGAUAAAGUAUCUGAUUAUGAAGAUAUUUGGGGACCAGAAGGCAAUAACUGUUCUUCGUUCAAACCUUUAAAAUCAGAGAGCGACAAUGACGUACACAAUGGACUUAUGAAGAGCAAAAGACCUGAUCUUCUACCAGACACACUACCAAAAUUAAACGCAGCUAAAAGCACACAAUCAAUUCUUGAAAAGGAGAAUAUACAUAUACUCAAUUCAACCGAAAACUUAAGUGAAAAACGAAAACUGUCUGAAACGUCACUUAAAAACAGUUUCAACGGUUCAAACGAGUUGAUCGCAACAACCAACAGCAAGGGUGACAUAAUACCAAAGAGGCCAGAUAAACUUAGCAUUUCUAUGAACAUGAAUAAGAAGUUGACUGAAGAAAUCGAAGCCACAUUCAAAAAAUCGGAGAGUCAUAAUACUGAAAGCAUGGAAACGGUGAAAUUAGAAGACGAUUGCGUGAAACAAAUGAAUGGCGAUGAGUCUGAUAAAGAUAAUGCUGGUAGUCCAUUCUACGCUGAUCCUGUGGAUACCCUAAAAGAAGCAGCGUUACCACAGGUCCAACGUCGUAAACUCCUUCGAGUUGGCGUCAGCUUAUCACAGAGGUACUCGGAGCCACCUCACAAUCACCCAUACUACCCGCUCCGUGAUAUGCAUAGCAUAGAGGAAUUAUCACCUUCAUCUCCCAACACUUCAACGUCGGUGGACAAUCUGGUGUCUCUCCGGAGUAAGCCGAAGAUCAAACCAGUGCAGCCGCCCCGCGUCGCCAACAAACCGCCAUCGGGCAAGACUGAUACAUGGACUGUGGACGCUAGCUGGGAAUUUAUUAAUAAGAACGAUGAAGGUUCGAACAGCGAAAGUGGGACGUUUCCAUCGCUGGCAGAACAGGAGACGAGGUUAAGCGGAGUAGACGACGGGGUGCAACAUUUGACGGUGCAUCAGGUCGUUGCUCAAAGGUUUCCCGAGCUGCACCUGAACUCUGAGCCAGUGGCGUUGCCGGAAGAACGCUCCCCGCCGCGCGCCUCCUGCUAUGACAAUGUACAUGAUCUCAGACCGUUGUCCGAACAGGCGAGCGAUGACGGCACCGUAUUUUCAGAGCCUUGGGAUAGCGCACAGUGGGAUGGACUUCUGCCCUGCAACGGACCUCAAUCCCUUGAUAUGGACGAGCCUUGCGAAUGGGAGUCCCCGAUCCCGAGACGAGCGCCUUUGGAGGCGACGCGGGCUAAGAGCUUCAGGGACCGAUUAGACCCCCUAUUAGCUGCAGGCCGCGUGCGCGCGCUUCGCGGCGGUAGAUCAACGCGCGGCGCGGGCGCAGCGUUGCGGGCUUACGCUCUGCAUCUGGCGCAGGACAAGAGCACGACCUUUGCGCAGAAUGUUGACAACUUCAUCGCGUGCACGCUUGACUCUAAGGAGACUAACCCGCAGGUGAUGAUGCGCAACAUGAGGCAGUUCAUGUCCGGAAUGAAGAAUUAUCUUGUGAAGCACGGAGAACGAGAGUUCGAGAAAGAAGUAGAAAAAGAGAGGCUCAAGUUGAAAUCCACGGAGUUCUUAAACCUGGACGCGAUAUUGGAAGGCGUGAUGCACCGACUAGUGGUGCGGCCGCUGCGAGCGAGAUUGUAUACGCUGCUGGCGGCAUGGCAUGCGGCUGACGUGCGUCGCUUGCACGCUGCUGUGGAACGCGCACAGCACGCUACUCCGCUGCAACUGGGCGUCAAGGAAUCCACUAAAGUCCCGUCUUCAGCGGUCUUGGCAGUGAUUUCGAAGCACUUCCUCAAGAUGCAAGAGGCGGACUCUCCGUUGGACAAACUAGAAAACCUUCUCGCUGCGAUAUCUGUUAUGUUCAAUGCGAUUCGCGGAGAACGAGCACUAGGGGCCGACGAUCUUCUCCCAGUAUUGGCGUGGACGGUCGCUCGCUGUCGGCUUGUAUGCGCGGAGCUAGAAGCGGAACUCAUGGCUGGAUUGUUACCUGCUGCGUUGUUGGCCGGCGAAGGAGGAUAUUACCUGACUGCGUUGUUCUCUGCUGUGGCUGUGCUGAAGAGGUUAGCACCGGAACCUGGACCGGAUAGUGCGACACCGUGGCGGCGCGGGUCGGUGGAGAGCGGCGGCGGCGACGGCGGCUGCUGCGUGGUGCGCGUGGCGCUGCCCGACGAGUGCCGCGGCUCCAUCCGCCGCGUGGCGCUGCCCUGCCGGCCCGGCGCGCGCGCGCGCGACCUGUGCCGCGCGCUCGCGCACGCCGCCGCCAUCACCAACCCGCAGGACUACGCGCUCUUCGCGCUCCACGACGAGCAAGAGACGAUGUUAAACGAAAACGACUGCCCCCAAGAAGUUAUGGCGGAGAAGAACGGACAGAACUUCAUCCUGGCUUACAAGAGGAUAGAUGCCAAAAUCGCGUGGCCACAGCAGGCGCUGCUCUCCUACCCCUAAGCUGGUCGAAUAUGCCAUCUCUGUCUAACCCACUGGUUUUGGUUAAGACGUGACAAGGACAGGUACUUGCGAUAACCUGUGGAACGUGAAUGAACAUUUUCGGAAUAUUAAGGCCCGUCCAGAAGGCAUGAUCAAUUUGUUCAGAAAAGGUAUUGGCAUCGAUGUGUCUAUUGCAAAGCCUGAUAUGAGCAGAACUUAAUCGGGUUAGCGAAUAGAUGUACUGUCUGGACUGAUCUUAAAAAAUACUUGUACUGCAUGCAAUCGUCAUCUGUGUUGCCGCGUUAAAAUCUAGUGAGCUCUUUCUCUAACCAAUACAUGAGAAAUGGAGUUAUAUUAGAAUUCAAUGCUGCCAACACUAAGUACGUACACUUAAUUUCUGAAAAGUUUAUGAAAUUACUCUGUUCUAAUCAUCCGUUGGAUUGAUGACAAAAUAUAAAUAAUCUCUUAAUCGUGGAAAAUGAUCUUAAGAACUAAUAUGUGCAAUAGAUAAGUGAAAUAGAACCCCGAACUCUCAGUACCAUUAAGUAUGUCGUGUUUACAGGAUACUCAUUCAUAACAAAUAAUCUAUAUUUAUAACAUCUUAGCGAUAAAGUGAUAUUUUCUAACGAUAUUACCCAGCUAGAUACAUUAAAGCUUACCUUAAUACAUAAGUACAUAAUUUCUUUAGACAGUAUUUUUAAAUGCUACUCAACCAUAAGCGUACUAAUUGUCAUUUACAAAUGUAGCUUUUUUACCCAAUCAUAUUAUGUAAGUAAUGUUUUAUAUAUGCCUAUAAAACGACUGAACAAAAUUCGAUUUGUCUUGAAACUACAAAUUUUGUAAAUUUGUAUGUGUGGUAUGGUUUGAUUCGAUUUUUUAAUGUAUAGGAAAAACUGUUAUGAUAAAAUAUUACUUUCUUCAUAUUUUCUUGUGUUAUAUCAACUUUUCCAUGUAACGGAAUAUGUAGGUAUUUGUUCCUAAAUUUUAAGUUAACCUGAGUACGCUAAUAUUCUUACCAAAUUGUUAAUUGAGUUUUAAAAUUUAUUUGACUAAAAUUUCUAGUUUCAAAUUUUACUUUUGAAGUAUAUUUAACUCUUUAAUACUAACUUGUUUAUGAACUGUGAUGUAAUUCGUAUUAGUAACGUAAGGAUUUGUAUUGAUUUUGUAUAUUCGUAGAGGCGUUUCGUAAUAUAAUUUAUUUAUACUUAAUCUUAAGGAAAUGUGUUUAACGCAGUGUUGCAAGUCUGUGGAACAAAUUGGCGAAAUAAAUAACCGUCGCUUAUAUUGUUCGGGAAACUAAAAAAAGUCAGAAGAGCUAAGUUAGCCUUAAUACCACAGACAAUAUUUUUAUAGUUAUAAAACCCAGUAGAUACCAUCAUUUUAUUAUCUGUGGUAGGCGGCGAUUCUGGAUAUGUGACGUUGAUCACAUCUCGCACCUUUAGAACGAAACUGACACAACUCAAUAACGAUUUGAGCGUUAAGUCGGGUUCGUUCUAAAAAUGCGACCUACAUUUUGUAUUUAUGGCUGACAUUGCAGUCUUGUAUUUUAACGUUAGUCAUAAUAACACGUAUAUUGUGUUUUGAUAACAAUUUCAGUCACUUGUGGAGAAUAAAUGAAUUUUUACCAAACUUA